CUUCCGAUACGCUGCAGCAGGAAAGAGCUUUGCAGCCGGAUCCAGGCAAGGUUUACUCACAAGUGACACAAGAGAAAGGGAAACAGAUGGAAGAGCGGGAACUGGAAGGACCUGGAAUUGGCAAGAGAGCAAGGAAAGGCCCCCUUCUUCUCCGAGCUGGAAGUGGUGUUGGAUUCUGGGAAAGACCAGUGCCGGAGAUGUGUCAUCAGGACACCAUGACCUCCAAUGAACAUCACCACUGCUUCCGCCAGUUCCGCUACCAUGAGGCUGAUGAGCCCCGGAAAGUUUGCAGCCAGCUCCACAGACUUUGCAACCGCUGGCUGAAGCCAGAGAAGCACUCCAAGAAGCAGAUCCUGGACCUGGUGAUCUUGGAGCAGUUCUUGGACAUCCUGCCACAGGAAAUGCAACAGUGGGUCAGAGGAUGUGGGCCAGAGACCAGUUGCCAGGCAGUGGCCCUGGCUGAAGGUUUCCUCCUGAGUCAGGCCGAGGAGGAGAGGCAGGCAGAGCAGAUGUGGGGAUUAUCUGUGAAGAUGGAAAAGUUCUCUGAGGUGGAAGGAGUCCUGCUGGAGGAGGGGCAGAGGGAGCAGGCCUGGGAUCAUGCCCAAGAUGUCCUCUCAUGUGGUCAUGAAGAGAUACUGUCGAACUAUCAUCUUUGCAGAGGUGUGGAAACAGACACUCCAACAGGCAUCCAGAGUCUCUUUUCCUUUGAGGAGGUGGCCAUGCAUUUCACCGAGGCAGAGUGGGCCCUGCUGGAUCCAAACCAAAUUGCUCUCUACAGGGAAGUCAUGCUGGAGAACUAUGGGAGCGUGGCCUUCCUGGGGGAUGUACAGGAGACAGUUGGAGAAUUCCAGGGGUUCUCUCUCCAAGCUGCCAAGAAUGAAGGUGCUGAAGGAAACUUCAGGGAUGGAGAUGAACCACAAAAAGAGGAAGGAAACUAUACAGAGAAGAGAAGGGAUAAGGACAUUACUUGCCAAAGAGCGGAUGUAUGUGAAAACUUAGUCCAAGAAGAAAGAUCAGCAAACAAAAGAAGGAACAAAAGCCUCCAUCUUCACCUGAGAAUCUGCUCCAGGGAAAAAGAAAAUGAAGGUGUGGCCUUUGGAAAGACUUUCAGUGAGAGCAUGAAAAAUAUUUCCCAGAAACAAAUUCCCUCAGGAGAGAAACUAUAUAACUGCUUGGAGUGUGGAAUGAACUUCUCAGUUCAAACUCAAUACAAUAUCCAUUUGCAAAGGCACAAUGGAAAAAAGACUCAUCAAUGCUUGGAGUGUGGACAGAGUUUCCUUUGUGGAGCACAGCUCCUUACACAUCAAAGAACACAUACGGGAGAGAAAGCACAUAGCUACUCAGACUGUGGGAAGAGCUUCUCACCGAAAUCACACCUUGUUCAACACCAAAGGAUUCAUUCAGGAGAGAAGCCAUUUAUCCGCUCACAGACUGGAAAGACAUUCUCUGGAAGAAGAAGGGGUAGUUCAUAUAUUCCAAAGCACAGUACAAGGAAAGGAAGUAAAUGCUUUCGGUGUGAAAAGUACUUCAAAUACAAAUCACAGCUCCUUAUGCACCAAAGUGUACACACAGGGGAAAAACCUUUUGAAUGUUUAGAGUGUGGAAAGAGAUUUGGUCGAAUUGGCACUCUUGAACAGCAUCAAAGAAUCCACACAGGGGAGAAACCUUUCGCCUGCUCAGAGUGUGGAAAGAGAUUCAGUCGUACUGACACUCUUCAACAGCAUCAAAGAAUCCACAGAGGGGAGAAACUUUUUGAAUGCUUAAAGUGUGGGAAGAGAUUCAGUCAGAUCGGUACUCUUCAACAGCAUCAAAUAAUCCACACAGGAGAAAAACCUUUUGAGUGCUCAGAGUGUGGAAAGAAGUUCAGUUGGAGUGGCAGUCUUCAACAGCAUCUAAGAACUCACAGAGGUGAGAAGCCUUUUGAAUGCUCAGAGUGCGGAAAGAAAUUCAGUCAGAUGGGCCAUCUUCAGCAGCAUCAAAGAAUCCACACAGGAGAAAAACCUUUUGAGUGCUCAGUGUGUGGAAAGAAAUUCAAUCGGAGUGGCAAUCUUCAGCAGCACCAAGGAACACAUAUACGGGAGAAACGUUUUGAAUGCUCUGAGUGUGGAAAGAAAUUCAGUUCAAGUGGCAAUCUUCAGUGGCAUCAAAAAACCCACACAGGGAAGAAAUCUUUGGAAUGCUCUGAGUGUGGAAUCAAAUUCAAUCAGAGUGGCCAUCUUCUUGAACAUCUUAGAACUCACACAGGGGAGAAACCAUUUGAAUGUUCAGAGUGUGGAAAGAGAUUCAGUCAGAGUGGCAAUCUUCAACAGCAUAAAAGGACCCACACAGGGGAGAAACCUUUUGAAUGUUCAGAGUGCAGAAGGAGAUUUAGUGAGAGUUCUACUCUUCAACGGCAUCUAAGAACUCACACAAAGGAGAAACCUUUUGAAUGUUCAGAGUGUGGAAAGAAAUUCAGUCGGAGUUGCACUCUUCAACAGCAUCAAAGAACCCACACAGGGGAGAAACCUUUUGAGUGCUUGGAAUGUGGAAAGAAAUUCAGUUCGAGUGGCACUCUUCAACAGCACCAAAGAACCCACACAGGGGAGAAACCUUUUGAAUGCUUGGAAUGUGGAAAGAAAUUCACUUUGAGUGGCAAUCUUCAACAGCAUCAAAGAAUCCAUACAGGGGAGAAACCUUUUGAAUGCACAGAGUGUGGAAAGAGAUUCAGUCAGAAAAGCACUCUUCAACAACAUCAACGAAACCACACAAAAGAGAAACCUUUUGAAUGCUCAGAAUGUGGGAGAAGGUUUAGUCGGAGUUACAUUCUUCAGCAGCAUAAAAAAAUCCAUACUGGGGAGAAACCUUAUGAAUGCUCAGAGUGUGGAAAGAGAUUCAGUCAGCAUGGCAAUCUUCAAAAGCAUCAAAGAACUCACACAAGGAGAAAUCAUGUAACUGCUUAGCCUGUGAAAAGGACAUUUUUCUUAUUAUGUACCUAAAAGAAAACUGAUGACCAUAGAAAUGGCUAACCCCGUGUCAACUCUUGCAAAGAAUUUGUAUCAGCCCAGAAACCUUACCCUCACCAGGAAGAAACUAUGAAUAUUGGAUUGUGGAAAUAAAUUUAGCCAUGAUUGAAGAUCCAAAUAGAUCUCACAGGAAAGAAAUAAAGGAUGUGCUCUGAGGGUGAAGGGAGAGUGAAGAACAGGUCAUAUCUCCUUAAUCACUGAGGAGUCCACACAGGAAAGGCACCUUAUCAGUGCUCAGUGUGUGGCAAGAGCUUAAGGUAGAGAUCCAAUCUGCAUGUUAAACAAAGAAGGGCCUUUUUAGUGGUUGCCCUCCUCUGUGAAGCUUGCUGCUUCAGGAUAUCUGUGAGUUAACUCUAUCUAACAUCUGCCAAACUGGCCAAAACAUUUCUCUACCAUAUCCUGUAACAAAAUAGACAAGUUGAGGGCAGAAGAUACCUACAAUUUCUCUGCAACUGGUAUAAAAGUAGUGUGAGCAGCUGGUGUCCCCAAUUUACACACACAAAAAUAUCUGAUAAGGAAUUCUAGAGAGGCAUCCCCCGAUCCUAAUCCCUCGCCAGUUCAACCUGCUAUCAGCUUUUGGUGGGUCUCUCCACUAAUAAGCCCAAAAAGUUCUGGCAAUAGGAUUAAUUCAGAUUGAAAUAUUGUUGUCCCCUUCCAACCCAACAUCUUAAGUUCAAAGGGUCAGUCACCCCGCCCCCCAACAACAUUGUGGAAAUGAGCAGGUAUCCUUGGUGUUCAUGGGCAAACACUAUGGGACACAAGUUCCCCAAAUCCAGUUGAACUCCCCCUGCCCCGAUUCUCCCAGAAAGAAUCAGGAAGAAGCAAAAUUCCUUCCUCCUGUUCUGCGCUCCAAGAGCUGGACAUGACCUGGAGUAAGACCUUCGUCCAGUGCUCAGUCCUAUUCCCCACCACUAACUUAUCACGGCCCCACCUUGAAUUCCUUCAUUGAGAUUGCACCUUUAUUAAGGAUUCUGAGAAAAUUUUAUUUUCAUCUCACUCUGUAUUAAGGUUGCUGACAGGCCUAAAGGGAGAAAAAAUCCUGCCCCAUUUACGGAAGCUGUGUGUGUGGAAAUGGGGAGCUGAAGAUGUAAAUAACAUCCCAAGAAACCUCUGUUAAUGGAACAGCACACUUUUUCCCCUCUGGGCAGUUGACAAUCCUAAAUUAAAUCAAAAAUGUUCAGCUAUAGGAAACAGUAUGAUUUUGGUAAUCAUGAAUACUUGGUCAAAAUAUAUGUCAUCAGUAAUCAAUAAAAUCUGCAAAAAAUGAACCUCAGUUAAGAAA